AUGCAACACUCUGAAUAUGAACAAGCAAUGGAAACAAGAAUUGUUGUCAUGAGCGGUUGGCUUCUUCACAUAAAGCAGCCACCAAAACGGAGCUCGUGUGGCGAGAUAACUAAUGGCAAACAUUUUCCAGCACGGGUUUCAAUGCAGCAGCAAAAAGUGGUGGGCAAUGACAGAGUGGGAAAGAGAAAUAGAGAAGAAUCUAAAUUGCAAUUUGCAAAUGAAACAAAAAAAAGAGAAAAGGUAUUCAUGCGAUUAUUGCAAGCUACUACGAGAGUACUGCUGUAG